GCUGAAUUCACACUAUUAUAGUCAUUAACUGUGUCGUUCACUUCGGGUUCGAUGUUUAUUCUCUGUCUGUGGUCGACCUAAAUAUCACUCUGGACCGAUUGAAUGGACAAAUAAGGGGUACCAGCGUGCGUUCGGACACUGCCGCCAUGGACAUCACCAGCCGCUGCACUCUGGGUGACCCCAACAAGCUGCCGGAGGGCGUGCCACAGCCUGCCCGCAUGCCCUAUGUCUCAGACAAGCACCCGCGCCAGACGCUGGAGGUCAUUAACCUGCUGCGAAAGCACCGGGAGCUGUGCGACGUGGUGCUGGUGGUGGGGGCUAAGAAGAUCUAUGCGCAUCGUGUCAUCUUGUCUGCCUGCAGCCCCUACUUCAGGGCCAUGUUUACUGGAGAGCUGGCUGAGAGCCGGCAGACUGAAGUGGUCAUCCGUGACAUUGACGAGCGUGCCAUGGAGCUGCUCAUCGACUUUGCGUACACCUCACAGGUGACCGUGGAGGAGGGUAACGUACAGACCCUACUGCCCGCUGCCUGCCUGCUUCAGCUGGCUGAGAUUCAGGAGGCCUGCUGCGAGUUCCUCAAGCGCCAGCUCGACCCCUCCAACUGCUUGGGCAUCCGGGCCUUUGCCGACACACACUCAUGCCGGGAACUGCUGCGCAUUGCAGACAAAUUCACCCAGCAUAACUUUCAGGAGGUGAUGGAGAGUGAGGAAUUUAUGCUGCUCCCAGCCAAUCAGCUGAUUGACAUCAUCUCGAGUGACGAGCUGAAUGUGCGCAGUGAGGAGCAGGUGUUUAAUGCGGUCAUGGCCUGGGUCAAAUACAGCAUCCAAGAGCGCCGGCCACAGCUCCCCCAGGUCCUCCAGCAUGUCCGUCUUCCUCUUCUGAGCCCCAAGUUCCUGGUGGGAACAGUGGGUUCAGAUCCACUAAUCAAGAGUGAUGAGGAAUGUAGGGACCUGGUGGAUGAGGCAAAGAACUAUCUUCUCCUUCCUCAGGAGCGCCCCCUCAUGCAAGGACCGCGCACACGACCGCGGAAGCCUAUCCGCUGUGGGGAAGUCCUGUUUGCUGUAGGAGGAUGGUGUAGUGGCGAUGCCAUUUCGAGUGUGGAGCGAUACGACCCCCAGACCAAUGAAUGGAGAAUGGUGGCAUCAAUGAGCAAGCGGCGUUGUGGAGUGGGUGUCAGUGUCCUGGACGAUCUGCUGUAUGCUGUUGGUGGACACGAUGGUUCGUCCUACCUGAACAGUGUGGAGAGGUAUGACCCUAAGACUAACCAGUGGAGCAGUGAUGUGGCACCCACUAGUACAUGCAGGACCAGUGUGGGUGUAGCCGUGUUAGGUGGUUAUCUGUAUGCUGUUGGUGGGCAGGAUGGCGUCUCAUGUCUCAACAUUGUAGAAAGGUAUGACCCUAAGGAGAAUAAAUGGACCCGGGUGGCCUCCAUGAGCACCCGGCGUUUAGGAGUGGCAGUAGCAGUUCUGGGAGGAUUUCUGUAUGCAGUUGGAGGCUCAGAUGGCACUUCCCCCUUAAAUACAGUGGAGAGGUAUAACCCUCAGGAGAACCGCUGGCACACGGUGGCACCCAUGGGCACACGGCGGAAACACCUGGGCUGUGCCGUCUAUCAAGACAUGAUUUACUCGGUGGGUGGCCGGGACGACACCACAGAACUGAGCAGCGCUGAGAGAUACAACCCCAGAACCAAUCAGUGGUCUCCUGUGGUCGCCAUGACGUCCAGGCGCAGUGGGGUUGGCUUAGCUGUAGUGAAUGGCCAGUUGAUGGCAGUAGGGGGAUUUGAUGGCACUACCUACUUAAAAACAAUAGAAGUCUAUGACCCUGACGCUAACACGUGGAGGCUCUAUGGUGGAAUGAACUACAGGAGAUUAGGAGGUGGGGUUGGGGUGAUUAAAAUGACUCACUGUGAAUCACAUAUAUGGUAAUACACUCAACUGUUCCCCAGCCCCCCCAUAGAUGCCUCACCAUAGCUUGUGCCUCUCAUUGACACAUUGUGAUUCAUGAAUGAAAAAAAACUACAUAUGUAAGACUAUUACAUCUCAAGUCAUUGAGAUUGCUAAGCCAAGGAUAUCCAUCUGCCACUCUUGCGUGGAGCUGAUCUGUGAAGACUUUGAUCUGUAAGGCUACAGUUCAUUGUUCUUACCAUAGUACCUGCCGCUAGCCAAUGGCCAGUGUCUGUUCUAGAGAUGAAACGGAGAAGCUCUGUCCCUCGCUGCAGUGUCACCCGUUACCAACGGAAGCAAUGGUUGCAUUUAAGGAUACACUUCUCUGGAAGGAUCUGUACUGCCAGUUGUUUGACUUUUGCAUCGCAUUUGAAACUCCUAAGGGUAACCUGAAGUUGGGAGAGUUGGCGUCACAGCCACCUGUUCAUAUGAAUAGUAGAUUGUCUGAAUGGUGGUUUAAUCUUUUUGAAUUGGAGGGCACUGUGAUAUUUUUUUUUUUCUCUAAGGUAUUUUCCCACCUGCCAUAAUUUGGCCCCACGGAUCCAGUGAUGCAUGCUUUUUUGUACAGUGGUGCUCAUCGAAUUGUAGUAGAUGGAACAUACAAGCCUAUCUUUAGUCACUGCAAACUAAUGAAGGCCUGUGCAUCAGUAAGCUAUUUUUCUGAAGCGGUUUCCAGCAUUUCAACACUAGCAUUGUUUGGUUUUUAUUCCAUAGGAUGCAUCACUGAUUCAGUCUGUGCACUUUAACCCAUGAGUUCUUUUUAGAAGGAAGUACAGUCACUGUUCUGUUUUAAAAACAGACAUGUCAACUUUUUUUUUAAAAAAAAGGUUAUGCCAUUUACAUUGCAAGUUUCCUAAGCAGUGGACCGUAGGCAGAAUUUUGGAGACAUCAAGAACAAACAGUUUUCAGUGCUGGCCUGCACACUUUGCAUCUAAAUGUUGAGAUUAUCUAAAUAAAAGGGAUGCAAUGCAUUUUGAUCUGUUAUACUGUCAAUAUUCUGCUUGUGGAAAAGGGAUUAAGGUGAUAAUGGUUCUGUUUUAUCAUAAAAGUAGUAGAUAUGCAUACAGACCCUAUUCCAAAAAAAGCUGUUUUAUGCAAAUAAAAACAAAAUGGCAGCGAUUUGUAAAUCUGCACUGAUCUAUAUUUGAAUGACAACAGUACAAAGAUAUGUAAUGUUUUUCCUUAUCAACUUCAUUGUUUUUUGUUUUGUUUUCAUUCUGGAAUUGAUGAUGCCUGCACCAUAUUCCAAAAGAGUUGGGGUAGGGAUUGAAAUGUUCGAAAACGGUUGAUGUAAUAAUGCUUAGAUAAAAAAGGAAAGGGCUGGGCAAAGUUGUCAAAGCUCAGAAAAAUGCAUCAGCAAAUUUUUUUUUUU